UCUUUUUGUGCCUCUAUAUAAAGCCCCAUCACUUCUUCUUAUCUCCUCGUGUACUAAUUUAUAUAUCUUUCUCUUCUCUCUCUAUAGAAUAAGAAAUUAAUCAAGAUCCUUUUUGUAUCGAUUAAUUCAGUUUCUCUAUUUACAUAAAAUAUUAUCGAUGGAUCAUCAUCAACGUGUUGAUUUUGGUUCGAGAAGAGAAGUUAGUAGUGACAACAACAAUCAAAAUGGUGAUGAAGAUAAUAAUAUGGACCUCAAAAGAGGUUCAUGGACUGUUGAAGAAGAUUUAACUCUUAUGAAUAACAUAGCUCUUCAUGGCGAAGGUCGUUGGAAUUCCCUCGCUCGUUUUGCAGGAUUGAACAGGACAGGUAAAAGCUGCAGGUUAAGAUGGCUUAAUUAUCUUCGACCAGAUGUUCGACGUGGAAAUAUUACACUUGAAGAACAACUUUUGAUUCUUGAACUUCAUUCUCGUUGGGGCAAUAGGUGGUCGAAAAUUGCACAACAUUUACCGGGAAGAACAGAUAAUGAGAUCAAGAAUUACUGGAGAACGCGAGUGCAAAAACAUGCCAAACAGCUAAAAUGUGAUGUCAAUAGCAAACAAUUCAAAGAUACAUUACGUUAUUUAUGGAUGCCAAGGCUAGUUGAGAGAAUUCAAGCUUCUUCCAAUUCAAAUAAUCAAGUGAUUAAUCAACAGUCAAUUCAACAAACAAAUGACAAUAUUAUUAGUAACAAUAAUAUUGUUCCAAACAUGAGUUUCACACAAGAGAAUUAUUCUAGUACAACAACAACAGCUUCAUCAGAGAAUUCAAUUGGGACACAAGUUUCAGACAUGUCUGAUAAUUGCUACACUAAUUACCCUCUUAAUCAAAGUGAUUAUGGAGAAUCCUUGAUUAGUCCCACUGGUUAUCUUCAACAUGGUGCAGUAGACUUCAGAACAGUGGAUAUUGAUAAUAAUAAUAAUCAGCAAAACGUGAGCCAAUUAUUUUUGGAUGAUGUUUCAGAUAAUUUGUGGAAUAUUGAGGAUAUGUUGUUUUUACAACAGCAACUCAAUUAACAAUAAGGUCUGAGGUUUGAGUUCAUUUUUACAAAUUUGUCUGAAUAAAGUACAAUUAGAGUAAACAUCAUCAAGUGUAGAGAUCAAAAGUAGGGUCAUUAAUUACUUAGUACAAUUCAACCAAAGAAUAGUUUUCCCUUUCUAUCUUUAGUUAUGUGUGAGAUACAUAUAUACAUUAGCCUUUGUGAAGGAUUUGUAACAUUUACUUUCUUUUAGUUGAGGGUUUGAAAGGAUUUGUAACAUUUACUUCUUUCAGAAUUUUAUUCUUUGAAUGGACAAUUUUUAUA